AUGCGCUUCCUCCUCAUAACUCUUAAAGUCACUUAUGUUCUAGAUACACCACCACCAAAUGAAAAAGGUGAUGAAGAAUCUGUGGAUAGAACUCGUUUGAGGCAAAAAUGGGAUAAUGAUGACUACAUAUGCAUGGGACACAUUCUUAAUGGAAUAUCGGAUGCUUUGUUUGAUGCGUACCAGAGUGAAGCUAGUGAAAAACAACUUUGGGACAAAUUGGAAGUAAGAUACAUGGUUGAAGAUGCAAGCAAUAAAAAAUUUUUGGUUUGUCAUUUCAAUAAUUACAAAAUGGUUGAUAAUCGUUCUGUUAUGGAACAAUUGCAUGAACUUGAACGCAUUCUAAAUACCUUUAAGCAAUAUGGUCUUAAAAUGGAUGAAGUUAUUGUGGUAUCUUUAGUAAUUGAUAAGCUUCCCCCUUCAUGGAGAGACACUAAGAAAACUCUAAAACAUAAAAAAGAGGAUAUGUCUCUCGAGGACCUUGGUAAUCAUCUUCGAAUAAAAGAAGAUUAUCACAAACAAUAA